AACCAAGAUAGGUUCAUGCGGGACUGGAUUCCUCACGAACACAAGUACCUGCAUGAAAUUAUUACUCUCGACGGCGCCCGAAAAUCAACAACGUGCAGCCGAUGCGGCGCAGGUGCAGUCACCUGGAGGUGUCUACUCUGUCUAGGGGUACCCGAAGGCUGCAAAGCAUGCAUCUCCCAAACCCACGCCCGACUCCCAUUCCAUGAAUUUGAGGAGUGGCGGGAGGAUCACUGGUCUUCUUCGGCUGCCAAGGAUUUAGGUAUUGUCCUGUUUAUGGGGCACAAUGGUCUGAAAUGUCCCCGCGCCGGGGUCGGCGGGGUCUUUGAGGCAGAAGAUGAGGACGAGGGAUUGGAUGCAGGCGAUGGCGAUGGCGGCGCCGAUGACAAACAGCGCGCCGAAGCUGACCGCAAGCGGCCCAAGACGGCGUGGAUGACUGUGGUUGACAUUUCCGGCGUCCACCGAUUACCGGCGCUGUGGUGUACUUGCCCUAACUCGGCGCCGAGGGACUUGCAACUCUUGCAAAUGCGUCUCUACCCGGCCUCUACACAGCGGCCCCGGACGGCGUUCACAUUUGCAGCCCUGCACGACUUCAUGAUUUCAAACCUCGAAAUGAAAGUUCCCGCCAAUGCUUACUUUCGCAAGCUGCGCUACGUCACAAAUGAGAUGAUGCCAGAUGACGUUCCUGAUCGUUACCGGGAGUUGGCUCGUUGUUACAGGCAAUGGAUCCGUUUGCGAACCCGUCAAGCCCACGGCCAUGGAUAUAACCAGCCAGCAGAAGAACAGGCCGUAGGCUCCAUGGCCCAUUUCUGCGUUGCCUGUCCCCAGCCUGGUAGAAACCUGGCGCCGGACUGGAAGACCUCUGGUCCAACAUGGCUAUAUUAUAGACAACUAGUGAUAGACGGCAACUUCAAACAAGUCAAUGUUCCAAUGCAACAUCCAGAAAAUGACGUUCAGCUUGCAGAUGGAAUGGGCUACACCGUAGAUCAAGCGAGGUAUGAAGAACAUCUGGCAAGUACGACAGACAAGCCAAUGCGAUCCAGCUGCAAUGACCAUCGGGCAGUAUCGUUGUCCAACCGGCGCAAGAAGAACUUGCGUGUCACAGGUCUGGUGGCCGUGGCAUGUGCUCGUCAUGGCUGUUUUCUGCCGAAUACUGUUGUUGAUUUGAAGCUUGGCGAAAAACAGUCCGUGGUGGACUUUGCCAUUUCCAUGGCAGGCAUGUCGGACGAAGAGUUGCUUGGAUUCAUUUUCAUAUAUGACAUCAUUUGCCAGUACUUCAUCCACUUUCGUCGGCGCUUUGGACAUUACCCGCACAUCGCAUUUCCUGAAGAUGUGGAUGUUGUACCCGCCAUUGGUUUAUUUCAUGUCCAUGGCCACAAGGAUGAAUGUGUUGCAAGAUACUCGCCCAACUACAUCAGAGGCAUGGGGAACAUCGACGGCGAAGUCUUGGAAACUCUAUGGGCAGUUUUGAAUGCUAUUGCCAAUAGCUUUCGCAACAUGUCGGCGUCUGGAAGAAAGGAUCUGAUGAAUGCCCAAAUGCGAUGGUCUAACUUGCGAAAGAUGUUAACAUGUGUGGAGUUGACUAUCAAGCGGUGGCGCAUGGCCUUGAAGCAUUUCGCGUCGGCGCAGAGAGAAUUUGCGAAGUUUAGCAACGUCUGCCAACCCAAGGAUGUGGCGGAGUGGUCCAAGAAAAUCGAGGCUGCCUACAUGAUCCGCGACGGUUCUAAAGAAAAAGACAAGAUUUUCAAUUUGAAGGUUGGCAAGCUUGCAGGUAGACUGGCAAUCAGUGAGACUCUCCAACCACCAGCAAGACACAGUGAAAGUGCCGGUGGUGUUAUAGCCUGGCUACUGUUAGGCAUUGACAUUGAGGAGCUCCAAAUCCGCAUACUUAGCCUUCUCCGCAUUGCGGGGAAACGGAGCCGGCGCAGCGAUACGACAACUCUCCUGCGCGAGCGCCGGCGCCUCAACGAACUCAUGAUCGACUUUGAGCGAGAUGCGCCGAAACACAUGAAUGCCUUGCUUAUCACAAACCCGAAGCACUCAGUUGUGAAUCAAAUCUAUGAGGGCGACCACGAGGACCUCGUACCUGAGGAGGGACCCCAUGACCCUUGCCCCACAAAUUCAGCCCCUGCAGUGCACAGCGAGGACGACAGUGCAUCGAGCACUCAGCCUGAGCGCCGCACGAUUGGGCUACCUUCGGCAUUUGGACGCGCCGCAUGCAUCGAGCAAGGUUUGGUGGGUUUAGUUCACCAAGAGCUCGAACUUCGCAAAGGGCAGGCGCACGACGCCAUUGGCAACAUUCGUAAUCACAUUGGACGCAAAUCCGUACUGUACAAGGAAGCAGUGCGUCCAGCCAAGCAUAGCCAACAGGCAAGCGCCGCUGCCCGGCGCCUUGUGGACUCGCAAACUGCACAGGUCAACCUCCAUCGCUUAUACUACAGCCGUGCAAGAGCUGCAAUGCUUGCAUUGGCCGAUAAUCCUGAUGCUGUGAAGGAGUAUGAGGUUAUGACGGCUGAAGACUUACAGUCUAGUACUGCGGAGUUGAACCCUGCCGCACGUGGGCUACGGCACAAAGGACUCUCGUGGUUUUGGUACCUCGAGAUCAAGAAAGCAGUGGGUAGCGAUGACGGCCCUCGGCUGAUGAAAGAAUUCGCUCGAUUGGAAUGGACUCACGCCAGGUGCAGAUUAGACCGCGCCGAGGAGGAGCUGAUUUUCCUCAGACAUGAGAUGAGCUGGAUUCCAGCGGGGUUCGAAGCUGAGGCAGCCAAAUGGCGGCAGCGUCAGACCUCCAUCACUGAGAAUGCAUAUGUGGGGCACGCCGAGUAUGCGCGGCGCCAGGUUGAGAUAUGGGAGAAGCUGUCGGCGCGCGCAUCGGCUGAAUUUGGAAAAGAGUUGGUCAAGUCACCGCCACCAGAUAUCAAUCUCGGCCUUGACGUUGAAGGCAACGUAACUUGGGAUCAACACACUGGCUUGGGUGUCACUGGUACCAAACUUCUAUAG